AUGCCGGUCCCAGUACCAGAAUUGAAGGAUGCACCUUCAAAAUCGUUAUUCUAUGAUAAUUUCGGAAAAGGGUCAGAUUCUUGUCAUGAAGGGUACACCGUUAAUUUAAAGAAUAUUUUGGAAAUGGACAGUGGUGGAAAGGUCUAUGUUGGUAGCAUUAAGAAAGCGGAGUGCUAUGUAUCUAAAAUGCAGAAGAACAGCAUGAACACAUACUAUAAGGAUCGCUGUAAUUUUCUAUUUUUCUGGAUAGGCGAAUUAUUAUCUGCCAAUUUAGAUGAUAGUUUAUUACCAACUAUUAUGCAGUUAAUUUGCACGGAAUUAAAAAAGUGGUAUGCUAAAAAUGAGUGUAAAAUUAUUUGUACUCAUGCUAAAAAGGACCUCUUCCUUAAGAGAAAAGUAAUAUUCGACUAUAAGCACGACUGUAGUGUCAUACAAACAGCAAUCCUUAGUAAAGAUUCCACUUGUGCUGCUACAUAUGGCCCCUAUUUGGACGCCAUUAUUCGAAUAUAUACGGAAGUAAAAUACGAUUGUGAAACGGCUUCCUCCUCUGCCAAUGAUCCAUAUUGUAAGGAGUUUGUAAAAUGGUUUGAGUAUGGCAAUGAUCCAGAAAACUUAAAAUCACAGUGUGAAUCAUCGCAGGAAUACCGUGGACCGAAACCUGAUCCUGAAGGUCACUCACAAGGAGUUCCUUCCCCUACCGCCGCAGUUGUCCCAGCUGCCGUGUCUACAGUGUUUGGAGUAUUGGGAAUUCCAACAAUCACUUUUCUUUUAUAUAAGUUUCAGGAUGACCAACAUAAAUGUGACAACAUCAGAAACUGGACAACAGGAAUAGAUAGUAUAUUAGAAAAUAAAUUGCAGAAAGAAUGGGUAAGUGGGGACGAAAAGUAUGCUACGAGAAUUGCGAAUGUUUGGUGUUUCAUAUCUAAAUUAAUUACAAAGAAGAACGGACAACCACCACCAUGUUCAGCAAUUUGUGAUUACUUCUUCUUCUGGCUGGGGGAUAUAUUAUGUCGCGACACGAAAGGGCGUAAAGGGUUUCAGGAUACUAUGAGGUCUAUCUAUUCUAAAUUGAACGAACAUGCCGUCCAAUGUAAGUACGAACCUAUGGGAAAUACUAUUGGCUGUGGUGAUUUUAAGGAGAGAAAAAUAAUGUUCGACUAUUAUUACGACUACCCAACCAUAUGGAAAAAUCUAUGGGAGAAUAGCUCCUUGUGUAAAGGAAAAUAUGACACCUACCUAACUGGAAAUGGUGUUAAGGGAGUUGGUGCAGAUGGUGGAGCUGAUGACGCUUAUAGAAAAGUGCAAGCAAGUUGUCCAGCUGAUGUGAAUGAUAGGUUCUGUAAAGAAUUCUGGAAUAAGAAGUUCCAAAAUGAAAGUAUCCCAAGACCAUCAGAACUGAAGUAUUUCUAUGACCCACUUAAGGAAAACAGCGUCGCCGCCCAGAAUUGCGAACAUGACACCGAGUCCAAUAUACAGACCAAGCUAAAUUCAUGUUGCGCAGAUACAAAUGUGGGAGAACUUGCUCCCCAAAUUAAAGGAGCCUACUGUUUUGUUUCUGGAAUGAAACCAUACAAGAAUUAUACAUUACAUAAGUGGCGUUGGCAUUUUUUAUAUUAUUGGGUAGGGGACCUAAUAUGGAACGAACUGAAAAGUGGGGAAGAUAAGGACAGCAAGUUUAGACGCUGCUUGGAGGAGGUUUGUAAAAUUAUAAAGACUAAAUGUCAAAGUGAAAAUGCAGGCGAACGAGAGGAAUGUGAAAUUCCUUGUUACAGCAUUGACCAUAACACCUUCACCAAUAGAAAAAAAUUCUUUGACUUCACCAAAAAUUACAAUGAUAUAAAGGAUUAUGUAUGGGGAGAUUCGGGUGAUUGUCAAACACAUUGGCCUUCUUAUAAGAAGGACAUUGAAACAACAUGUGAAGGUGUUAAGCAAUAUUGUAAAGGGGCAGGUACGGCGGGAAGGGAAGAACCAAAGGGUAAGGAUGACCCAUAUUGUAAGAAGCCUUAUGAGGACGAUAAAUCUUACUGUACGGGGGCGAUGCUACCAGAAUUAAAGUGUAAACAACCAGUUCAAGAAAUAGAGGACGAUGCUACGUCAUGGCAAAACCUGAACGGGUUAAUUCCAUUAUCCGCAGCAGACGAAGCGGUCCGUUCUGCUACCAUUACCUCUUCCAUCUCUUCCAUUCUCGGCACACUCGGACUAACGGUAGUUCCUUUUUUCUUAUAUAAGGAUGCAUGCUUGAAUGCAUUACCUUCAGUGAAGGUGUACAACACAUUCAGAGGCACGGAUAUUAAGUGCAGUAAGGAACUAACUUUCUUGCAGAGAUAUGUACAAGGUCUGGAAACCGCAUUAGGAACACAUACUAAUAUUAAAAAGCGCGCUGGGGACAUUGUAAAAACUUUUUGCCACGUAUCAGAAAUAAGUGAGGACGAACCAUACUAUAGUCGGCGGUGUGAUUUUUUAUAUUAUUGGUUGGGCGACAUCGUAUAUAAUGAACGUACAGCCUUCGGUCAAUAUGGAUUAGUAAUAAAUAAAAUAUACACAGAGCUGGGGCACCUAUUCGUAAAUGGAAAAUGUGAAAUUAAGUACAAAGGCAGAAGCCAGCAUGACUUUAAAAAGAGAAAAAACAUCUUCGACUACUGGAACAAUUAUGACACUAUAAAACAGUAUUUAGAAAAUGGUGAUAAGGGCGGCUGUGGGGGAAAAUAUGCAACCUAUUUGCAGAGUGUUAUUCCUCAUUGGGAUAAUAUUACUACGUCCUGCUCCAGUAAGAGUGACGGUACGGAUUCGUAUUGCACAUUAAUUAAGGACUUCCUUAAUGACAAGAACAGUCCAACGACAACAAUUUAA